CAGUCUGUGAACUACAAUCACGCAGUCGCAGUUUGCUGACCUUCCGUGGUACUCAAGCAAGCAUGGCUGCCCGGGCACUUACGAAAGGGCUUUGGGGGCUACGACAGUCCAGAGCUAUUACAGUCGGAUACCCCGCUGCUGGACAUUUCUAUAGCACUGAAGCAGCUGUCAAAUCACCUACACUACAAUGUAUGAUGUUUCAGGUAAUCAACGACUGCUUAACCAUCAGGUCCGAAAGGAUAAUGACCCUGCCACUCGAGAAGCCCGACUUCUUUCGUGUGUCAGAGCUCUUCUCUGUCAAAUCCCUUUUCGAGGCCAGGGUGCAUCUUGGUCAUAAAAAAGGCUGCAGACACAGGCUCAUGGAGCCAUACCUAUAUGGCUGCCGAUUGGAACAAGAUAUAAUUGAUCUGGACCAGACAGUGGAGCACCUUCAGCUUGCUCUGAACUUCACUGCACAUGUAGCGUAUCGGGGGGGCGUCAUUCUGUUUGUCAGCCGCCAGCGUCAGUUCAGCCAGCUGGUGGAGAACACUGCCAAGGGAUGUGGGGAGUACGCUCACACCCGGUACUGGCAGGGUGGCCUCCUCACCAACGCCCCCAUCCAGUAUGGCCCCGGCGUCCGCCUACCAGACCUCAUCGUCUUCCUUUCCACUCUCAACAAUGUAUUUCAACAGCACGUGGGAAUCAGAGAUGCAGCAAAAAUGAACAUUCCUACAAUUGGAGUGGUUGACUCAAAUUGCAACCCCAGCCUGUUGACGUACCCCGUGCCCGGCAAUGAUGACACUCCUAUUGCCAUGGAGUUGUACUGUCACUUAUUCAAGAUGAUUAUAAAUCGUGCUAAGGACAAAAGGAAACACAUGGAGCUCCUGCCGUCUGCUGCGCCUCCUCAUGCCUCUGAAUUAUUGAAAACAUCUAACUAGUGUUUGAGGGGAAGGCAAGAAUGCUGUCUAAUGUUAAGGGUUGCAAAUCAAAAUUCAAAUUAUUUUCAUAAGCGAUUAAUCUGCCAUUUUUGGACUAUAAAUUGUCAGAAAGUUUUGGAAAAUGUCCAUCCCAGUUUCUCCAGAUGUCAGUCAAAAAAUCCAAAAUAUUCUGUUUAAAUAACAUAUAUUAACAUAUACAUAUUUGAAAGGCUGGAAAAAUACAUUUUUGCCAUUUUUCUAAAUUACCCUAAGCAAUUAAUCAAUUAUCAAAAUAAUAGGAGAUUGUUUCUCUGCAGAUUCACUAAUAUUUGCAGCUCUACUAAUGUUAAGACAAAGUUGUGUGUAUAUUAUCAUUAUUAUUAAAGAAAUCUUUUUGUUACA